GGUUCCGCCUCGUCACGCCCACCCACGGCGGCGGCGGAGGGUGGCGAGCCGCGGGGCCGGCGGAGACGCUGCUGUCGCCUUGCUUCGCCUCCCGCUCGGACUCGCUCUCGGCCGGGCCCUCCCGUCCUUCCCGCGGAGCCCACCCGAGGGGCUCGCCAUGUUCUCCAGGAAGGGCCACGCCGACGCCAGGAAAUCCACGCAGAAAGCUCUAGACCCCAAGCGGGACGUGCUGACCCGCCUCAAGCACCUCCGGGCGCUGCUGGAUAUUGUGGAUGGAAGUGACCUGAAGCAGUUUUUUGAGAACAAUUAUUCUCAAAUUUUUUUUAUCUUCUAUGAAAACUUCAUAACACUGGAAAAUAGCCUGAAACAAAAAGGGAAUAAAUCACAGAGGGAGGAGCUGGACUCCAUUCUCUUUCUUUUUGAAAAAAUAUUGCAACUACUGCCUGAGAGGAUUUUUUAUCGGUGGCAUUUUCGCAGUAUAGGGUCGAUUUUGAAGAAACUUUUGCACACUGGAAACUCUCUCAAGAUAAGAUGUGAAGGAAUCCGACUGUUUCUUCUCUGGCUUCAAGCACUUCAGACUAACUGUACAGAAGAGCAGAUAUUAAUAUUUGCAUGCCUUGUGCCUGGGUUUCCACCCGUUAUGUCCUCACGAGGUCCCUGUACACUAGAUAAUGUCAUUAGUCCUCCUAAUUCACCAGAUGCUAAGAUUUUUCCAGAAGAAAUUACCCCACUUUUGCCAGCUGUCUCUGGAGAGAAAAUUGCUGAAGACCAAACCUGCUAUUUUCUUCAGUUACUAUUAAAAUAUAUGGUAAUUCAGGCUGCAAGCUUGGAGUGGAAGAAUAAGGAGAACCAAGACACUGGUUUUAAGUUUCUCUUUACCUUGUUCAGAAAAUACUACCUUCCACACUUGUUUCCAUCUUUUACAAAACUAACUAACCUCUACAAACCUGUUCUAGAUAUUCCUGAUACAAGACCAAGACCUGUAUACAUUACUGCAACACGAAACAAUGAGAAUGUCUAUAGCACAAAAAUUCCAUACAUGGCAGCUCGAGUUGUAUUUAUUAAGUGGCUUGUUACUUUCUUUCUUGAAAAGAAAUACUUAACUGCUGUUCAGCAUACAAAAAAUGGAGGAGAAAUGCUCCCUAAAAUUAUCCAGACUGUUGGUGUUGUAAACCAAGAUAAAAACCCUGAACUGGAAACCAGCGUGUCUUAUGCAAGCGAGCAGGAGAGAAGCCAUUCCAAUAGCAGCACGCUGUCUGACCGGCGGCUCAGUAAUUCAAGCCUCUGCAGCAUCGAGGAGCAGCAUCGGACCGUCUAUGAGAUGGUGCAGCGGAUCCUCCUGUCCACCCGAGGAUAUGUUAACUUUGUUAAUGAGGUGUUUCGGCAGGCAUUUUUGUUGCCUUCCUCUGAUAUAUCUGCAACACGGAAAGUGGUUAAGGUGUAUCGGAAGUGGAUACUGCAGGAGAAACCUGUGUUCAUGGAGGAGCCAGACAAAAAGGAAAACAGUGAGGAUGCUGUUACCAGCUUAGAGGAUUCAUCAGCACAAACGGAUGGUAAACAUCUUUCCUCUGACCAUUCAGGACAUAAGCGCUCAUCCAGCUGGGGAAGAACGUACUCCUUUACCAGUGCUGUUAACAGAGGAUGUGUAUUGGAAGAUGAGGACAAAAAUGUUAAAGCUGGUGCUCAAGCUGCAUUACAGGUGUUCUUGACAAACUCUGCAAAUGUGUUUUUACUGGAACCAUGCAUUGAAGUCCCCGUGCUUCUGAAGGAGCAAGUUGAUGCUUGCAAGGCAGUUCUCAGUAUUUUCAGGCGCAUGAUAAUGGAACUAUCAAUGAAUAAAAAGACGUGGGAGCAGAUGUUACAGAUACUCCUCAGAAUAACAGAAGCAGUGAUGCAGAAGCCAAAAGAGAACCAAAUAAAGGAUACAUUUGCUCAGAGCAUGUCAGGAUUACUCUUCCGAACCCUCAUUGUGGCUUGGAUCAGAGCAAACCUGAGCGUCUACAUUUCUCGGGAGCUGUGGGAUGAGCUGCUUAGUGUUCUGUCUUCCCUGACUGACUGGGAGGAGCUCAUAAAUGAGUGGGCCAACAUCAUGGACUCUCUGACAGCAGUGCUAGCAAGAACUGUGUAUGGGGUGGAAAUGACUAACUUACCCUUGGAUAAGCUCAGUGAACAGAAAGAGAAAAAGCAGAGAGGAAAGGGUGGUGUUUUAGAGCCUCAAAAGACAGCUGUGGUGGGAAGAUCUUUUUCAUUAAGCUGGAAGAGUCACCCUGAAGUUGUGGAGCCCAUGAGAUUUAGAAGUGCCACCACCUCUGGAGCUCCUGGAGUUGAGAAAGCAAGAAAUAUUGUUCGUCAGAGAGCAACAGCUAAGCGAAGCCAGUCUAUCAGCAACUGUGUUCAUCUUUAUGAGGCUUUGCCAGCUACUAAAAGUGUACCUCUUCUGCUUCACACUGUGAGCUCUCUCUUACCUGGUAUCUCUUACACUUCUUGCUCUCACAGACUGUCAGAGGUUGAAGAAUCUCAGCAGUCGGAAGCUUUGGCAGGAGCAGAAGCUACAGGCCUCUUUGUAGACCAAGAGCAGCAGCUCACUCGAAGUAGCAGCACUUCAGAUAUUGCAGAUCAAUUUCCAUCUGAUUUUUUUCAAGGCAAAAAGGCUGGGAGUUCUCAUAAUUUGACCACUUUAGACUCCAAAUCAAUCCAGGAAAAUAAGGAGUGUGUGAAGAAGGAACACGAAGCUGAGCACGUAGCAGUACGAAGGAGCAGUAGUACAGCUGAAUUGGAUUUGAAAGCUGACUUACAGCAAACACAUGGAAACCAUAGGGAGAGAGAAAAAAGUGAAAGUGUGAGCAGUGACACAUCCAUUGGGUAUAAUAAUGAGGUAGAGAUUGCUCUCAUCCCCUGGCAAGCCUCUGAAGAAGAUCAGGAAGUUAAUGCAUCGACAGAUGUCUGUGUGGAUCCUGAUGCACCUCGCUGGCUUCAGCUUAGCCCUUCAGAUAAUGCAAAUUUAACAGACAGCAGUGAGUUCCUUGCUGAUGACUGCAGUAUAAUUGCUGGUGGAAGCCUCAUCGGUUGGCAUCCUGAUUCUGCUUCUGUGCUAUGGAGGAGGAUCUUGGGAAUUCUUGGAGAUGUGAACAAUAUACAGUCGCCUAAAAUUCAUGCAAAAGUUUUUGGGUAUCUCUAUGAGCUGUGGUAUAAACUUGCAAAGAUAAGGGAUAACCUUGCUAUAAGCGUGGACAAUCAGUCUACUCCCUCUCCUCCUGUCUUAAUUCCUCCUCUCAGAAUAUUUGCAUCAUGGUUGUUCAAGGCAACCACCCUGCCAAAUGAAUAUAAGGAAGGCAAACUUCAGGCAUACAGGCUGAUCUGUGCUAUGAUGACGAGGCGUCAAGAUGUUCUGCCGAAUUCAGAUUUCCUGCUUCAUUUUUAUUUUGUGAUGCACCUUGGUUUAACAAGUGAAGACCAGGAUAUCUUGAAUACUGUCAUAAAGCAUUGCCCACCUUGGUUUUUCUUCCUGGGCUUGCCUGGCUUUACGAUGCUGAUAGGAGACUUCAUCACAGCAGCAGCCAGAGUGCUGAGCACAGACCUGCUGGAGGCUCCCCGUUCAGAAGCCCAUACCAUCCUUGGGUCUCUUGUUUGCUUUCCAAAUAUCUAUCAAGAAAUCCCACUAUUGCAGCCCAUUUCAGAAGCUGGUGAGAUCAUUGCGGGGAGUGCCGAUGUAAAGUGCUACCUCAUUAAUAUUUUACUGAAGAAUGCUACAGAGGAGCCAAGUGAAGCUGCAAGAUGCAUAGCCAUUUGUGGCCUUGGAGUUUGGAUAUGUGAAGAACUAACACAGUGCACAAACCACCCUCAAGUGAAGGAAGCAAUCAAUGUCAUAGGUGUGACACUGAAGUUUUCUAAUAAACUGGUAGCUCAGGUAGCCAAUGAUGUUCUUCAGCUGCUUGUUUCUUACUGGCAAAAGCUGCAGGAGUAUGAAUCAUCCCUGCCCAGAAAAAUUACUGAAAUCCUUGUGGCCACUAUUGCUUUUCUCCUGCCAAGUGCUGAAUACUCCUGUGUGGAGGCAGAUAAAAAGUUUAUAGUUUCAUUGCUACUUUGCUUGUUGGAUUGGUGUAUGGCAUUACCUAUGAAAAUGCUGCUGGAGCCAGUGUCUGCUGGUGUCCUUGAAGAUCAGCAUGCAUCCAAAGCUCCUUUACUGGACUAUAUUUACAGAGUUUUGCACUGCUGUGUGAACGGCUCCAGCACGUACACCCAGCAAAGCCAUUACGUGCUGAGCCUUGCGGAUCUGUCGUCUGCUGACUAUGACCCCUUUUUGCAUCUGGAGAAUGUCACGAGCUGUGAGCCAGCCCAGUGCCACUCUGCCACCGAGCUGGGCAACCUGCUCACUGUUGCUGAAGAAAAAAGGAGAAGGAACUUAGAACUAAUACCUUUGACGGCACGGAUGGUUAUGACUCAUCUGGUGAAUCAUUUGAGCCACUACCCACUCAGCGGAGGUCCUGCCAUCCUCCACAGUCUCCUCAGUGAGAAUCAUGACAACUCAUAUGUGGAAUCCUCUGAGCUGUCAUCAGAAGUCUUCCGGAGCCCCAACCUUCAGCUCUUCGUGUUUAAUGACAGUACUCUUAUAUCAUACCUCCAAAUUCCUGCAGACAAAAGGAAAGACACUGAGCCAGCAGUAGCCCCCUCGGAUGUAAGGGUAAUUGUCAGAGAUAUCUCAGGGAAGUACUCUUGGGAUGGCAGAAUAUUGUAUGGACCUUUGGAGGGCUGCCUUCCACGGCAGAACACAGCCAACUCAUUUGUGAUUUCAGGCAGCUGCGAGCACCACUUCAGUUCCCAAAAAGACAUUUCUCAGGUGGAAGAAGGAGAAGAUGCUCUUGACAAAUUACUGGAGAGGAUUGGUAACACCAGUCCUGAAUGCCUUUUACAUCCCCAGAGGAAGCUGAAUGAGCCAUCGCCACCACCCUUUGGAAUGAGCUGCGACCAAGAGAAUGCAAUCACUGAAGCCCUGAUGAGGCAAAGUGCCCAGGAAAAUGAGUACAUUUUAAAAUGCAGCUCAGACUUCAGUAUGAAGGUGGCCCGUCAGGAAGAACCGCGUCCUGCUGAACCUCAAGCAUCCUUUUAUUUCUGUCGGCUGUUGUUAAACGACUUGGGAAUGAACUCCUGGGAUAGAAGGAAGAGCUUUCACCUUCUGAAGAAAAAUUCAAAAUUACUAAGAGAACUGAAAAAUCUGGAUUCUCGCCAAUGCCGUGAAACUCACAAGAUUGCAGUGUUUUACAUUGCAGAAGGACAGGAGGACAAAUGUUCAAUACUGUCCAAUGCCAGGGGAAGCCAGGCAUAUGAAGAUUUUGUUGCUGGACUGGGUUGGGAGGUUGAUCUCUCGACACACGGUGGGUUUAUGGGCGGCCUGCAGCGCAAUGGCAGCACUGGACAAACAGCACCCUAUUAUGCUACCUCUACCGUGGAAAUCAUUUUUCAUGUGUCUACAAGAAUGCCAUCAGAUUCAGAUGAUUCACUGACCAAAAAGCUUCGUCACUUGGGAAAUGAUGAGGUUCACAUCGUCUGGUCUGAACACAACAGGAACUACCGCAGGGGCAUUAUACCAACAGAUUUUGGAGAUGUUUUAAUUGUUAUUUAUCCGAUGAAGAACCACAUGUUUUUCAUAGAAAUAAUGAAGAAGCCAGAGGUGCCAUUUUUUGGUCCUCUCUUUGAUGGAGCCAUUGUGACUGCAAAGCUGCUGCCAAGCCUCAUAUGUGCCACGUGCAUCAAUGCCAGCAGAGCCGUCAAAUCGCUUAUCCCUCUCUACCAGAGUUUCUACGAGGAAAGAGCUCUGUAUCUUGAAGCAAUAAUCCAGAACCACAAAGAAGUAAUGACAUUUGAGGAUUUUGCCGCUCAGGUCUUUUCUCCCUCUCCCAGCUACUCCCUGGGUGGAACUGGUGAGUCUCUGCACGUUAUUCUUCUCUUUCGCACUAAGAAGCACUUGAGCAGCAGAUGUACACCUGUUUUUUGUAGAUAAAUGCUUGCAAAUUUAAGAAGACCAUUCUUCCCCUGAAUCAACUAAUGAAUAUCAAAAGGAAUGAUGACAUUCAUUUUAAUUUGUUUUGCAUCAGAGCUAUUCACUCUGUUCCUUUCUUCAGCUAUCCUGUUAACCCUCGAAUCUAGCAAGGUUAAUGAACUUUCUCUCAGUAAUGUGCUCCGGUUCAUUCAGCAGUGCGGGUUUCUUGCUGAGCUGGGAAUAUGCUGUUCAAAAGCUUUGCCUGAAUCGGUGCUUACUUAUCGAAAAAUAGUUCCUCGCAGUAGAAGCCGUUGCUACUAAUGCUAAAUGGGGAUUAUGCUGCUGAGAUACCAGGGUCAGGGAUUAAUGAAAAAGAAAUGUAAGAAUGGUGUUCCGUUGGAAAAUCACAGCCGUGUGCGGAACGCUUGCAUUUGCCUUCAGUACGUAUGAGCAAAUUGCAGGCUUUCUUCCAGCACCUGGCCUGGAACCUGUUCAGUUCUUUCGUUUUAAUAUGUUAGGUGUGGGUAAUUCCACAUGUGUGUGUGUACAUGCCUUUAUGCUGGCGACCAUUCAUCAGCUCCAUUGAAAGAUGAGCAUUUAACGCCUAACUGUGCGAAUUUAUUCCUUACGUGUCCCAUUGAGGUCUUAAGGUAGCAUCCAAAGUCCAAAAGAGCCAAACUUUGCUGUUUUAAUUAAGUUUAAAUAAAUGCGUCUUCAAAGGAAACGCUGAUUCUAAAAUGCAGAUUUCCAGUGCCCUCAAAAUUUGCUUUUCCAACCUCAAGAAGUGUAUGGUCACUGCCCGUUGGAUUCUUGAACAAAGAUUCCUUAAUCCUCUUUUUACACUCCUUGGGUGAAACUGGCACUUGCUAAUUAUUUCCCACUACACUUUCGGGUUGUUUAAUAGAUUAUUUCAGACCUGUAUAAAUGUUGGAGAACAUCUGCUCUAUUUCUCUCUCGCCUGACUUGUUAGCAAAUAUCUCCCAUCUAAACUGAAAAAAAAAAUUGAAGGAAGAAAUUAGAUUUCCUAAAAUAAAUCAGUUACCAAUAAAAUCAGCCGUGCAUCAUUGUUUAACAUUACUGGCUCCAAUCCGUGCGUUUUCAGAGCUUUGUUGGGAGAUAAGAGGUAUAUGCAUGUCCUUGCAUUGGUCGCCAGUAGCAGCAGGCAGAAGGCUUUGGAGAUAAGCAAGCUGGCAGAAGUAAAGGGGAGCCAGUGCUAUUUACAUAAUCGCGCCUCUGCUUCCUGGAGAGGCGUCAAGAAACACAGGAAUGGCCUCUAUUGAUCUUUGUUGAACUGGAAUACUAAACAACAUUAGAAAAGCUUAUAACUUAAAGCUUUGAUUAAUGUUUUCUACAUUAAAAAGUAGAACAGCUGUGAAUUAAAUUCUUUUAUACGCUCUGCCAAAAGUCUGAGACAAAAAGAAAUUAUCAAUUUCAAUAGAAAUGUAGAUUUCGUGCCCAGUGUUGUUAGCACUUUGAAUCAUUUGUCUGUUGAUGCAUCAGGAGAAGAAGUAGAUACCUCAGUAUAUGUUAGGUGCUCUGCGCAUGCUUGUAUCUGUUUCUCACUUUCUCUUACAGCGCUCUUACAGAUCUUUCUCUGGUGAAAUUUAGUUGGGCAGUCAAGGACAGAUUCAUUUGAUAAAGCAGUAGUCACGCUUUCUGAAUUAGGUGAUGGAUGCAGAAUUACUUUGCUGAUGUCCGCUUGCAUUUCUCAGAACACUGUUAGAUAAUUGGUACUGGAACGUCAGUUUAUGAUGUCAUGAGUUUAUGCUUUUUGACCUGCCACUGUCGGGUCCUGAUAUUCAGGCUCCAAAUGUUGGGGCUUCCUUCCCAUUGGAGAAGCUGGAGUCUGGUUGUGAUUUCUGGGAUCAAAGCCUCCACCUGGUCCCGGGUUAUCGGUCCUAAUUCCUUCUUGGCCAGUGAUGGGCAAGGAUAAAGAGUCGCAGCCCAGGCUGCAGCCAGGGACUGAGCAGGAAGCUUCACACAGCAGCCGGGUGUUCCUCUCUUAUGGGCUCUGUAAGUGACUGUGGGGCAAGAAUGAGUCCAGAAUAGCCCCACUGGUGUGUGAAAAUAGGGUUUUUGUAAUGGGACGAGUCCUGGCAAGGAUGUGAAUCCAUGCCUCAGGGUGUGCUCUCUUUGAAGGAGUCUGCCCAAGUUGUCUGCUCCUUACAUGUGUGUUCAGUUGAGUAUCACUAAGAGUUGUGUUGGUAGCUGCCCUGAAGAUGCACUGUUACACCAAGCACUGACCGUGACACAUUCAAUCAGCCUGGAGGCAGCAGGGGCACCCCAUGGCAGGACACCCAGCCGGGUGUGUUUUCCUUGGUGGGUGCUAACAAACGUACCACCAGCAUCCAGAGGCAGGGUAACCUGUAGCCUGCUGACUCUGUGUGGCCCUGGUGCUCUCAGAGCUGGGAAACACCAAGAACAGAGCCCAGCAGCACCCCGUAAUACGGAGUAUUUCUGCUUUGUUUCCCACUCCGAGCUCCACACACAAGGCUGACACUGUCUAGAGAGGACGAGGCGUGCUUUGAUCUUUCCUUAAACCACAGUAUCUUUCCUUUGAAAUCCAGAAGCAACCCAGGUGAAGUCUGGAUACAUUUGCAGCCAACUCUUCACCCCGUCAGUGAUGAGACAGGGCUGCAAAGCAAUGUGCUGAUGGGAUGGCCAAGGGGAAUUGCUGUGCAAGUGAAGUGAGGGAAGAGGGAAGAAGUGGCUGGUGGAGAAGUGCAUGUAUGGUGCUGGCACAGGGCAGAGUUUGCUCUCUUUCUCCCAGCUGAAACUGCCAGCCCUGCCUAGCUUUUAAACUUUUUGGGUCAAAUUUAAGGUUAUUUCUUCUCUGAUCUCAUUCUGAGUGCCACUUCUUUCUAAUCCUGCCAUCACUGCCUGCACUCCUGCGUGAUAAAAAGGGUCAGCAAGUACACGUUUAUUAAAAUUAAGAUUGGUUUAAGCAGUCAAUGCGGUACAAGAAGGAAACCAAAGCGAUUCUAUGAACUGAAUAUGUGGCUGCUAAUAAGCCGUGUUUUUGCAGUGUUCCUUGGCUGAGCUGUUUUUCUGUUUCCUGAGGCUGUCUCCAGGGAUGCCUCCCCAAGGUUCAGACGGGACGCGGGCUUCUUAAAACACGCCUUUGCUUAGCCUCCCAUAUCACACAUAAUCCUGCAGGUGCUUGGCUGUACGCACGAAAAUAGCUCCCUUGCUGUUUUCAGGAACAGAGCCUUAAAGUCCCUCUACGUAUCACAGAUAGCCCAGUCCUUCUUACGCGCUGCACAUGCAGGCUGGUGGGCAGAACGGGCGUCCCUGAACUCAUUUAGGGGAUGUGCAGAUUAGGAACAAAAGAUGAGAAUACCGUCCUUUGUUGUUAAACUGGUACAUUACAUGCUGUAUUUUAAUUAGGCUGGGUAUGAGAGGCAGCCCAGGAAAUCCUCAGUAAUCCAACACUACUGAAUUAUUCUUAUCCUUUCCCUCUGCAGAUUUCUCUCCUUUUAAAGGAUGGGUUUUUAAGCUGCUAUCUUUUUCUGUUCUUGCUCCCUCAGCCAAAAAAAAAAAAGGAAAACAAUUAUUCAACGAAAUGCUUGUGUAUGCUUUAAAAAGGAAUAAAAACUGAACAGGUGCAAACAGAUACAAAACGUUCCAACUUCAAUUACCUCUGGUGGCUAAAAAGCAGUGGCUUUGUUCAUUCGAGACCGGGAUCCAGAACUGUGUUAACUCUCAGAAAAUGGAAAUAGGUGGACCUUCUGGAAGGGAAAAGAAAUAGCCCUUUGACCAGAGAAACCCUCAUACAGGGGCAGAUUUCUGCUUUGGAGAGAACCUCCAGCCCUGCUUUUCAGCACCGUGGGCUUGCAGUUGGUGCUUCAAAGGGUUAAUUGAAAUGGGCACACUUGACUGCUGAGAGGACUGAUCUAAUCACUGCCAUAUCCAAGUGCAUCUGUUCACCAUGAGGUCAUUCUUGUGCAUGCUAAUGAUUUGGAAAAUAAAGCAUAACGCUCGACGUUAUCAGAAAGGAUAUAGUGUAAAUCUUUACUUUUUUAGUUGCUAAUCACUAUUGUGGGGCCAAACAGCAGGCAAAAGAAUCCCGGAUUAUCGCUUUCCAUUUCAGGUUUUGUCUUUUAAGCAUCAUUUUCAGAGCAGUGUCAGGAAGCCGUGCUGGAAAACUCUGACAUGUGGUAUCUGUUGAUAAAUGGGUUCUUUAAUGAAUAUUAUAGCAUUGCCCAGGAGCAACACUUGAGUUGAGGAACUAUAGACGUUUUCAGCAUUCCCCGGUUUUAAAGCCCUGGGAGCAGCGUGUGCUUAUUUACAUAAAACUGAGAUUUUGCAGCCUUUUUGUUGAGAAAGUGACACAUGCUUCCCUUUUGUCUCUGGGCUUUUAUAGGCACAAAAUUCUUGCAGAAAACACACGAGGAUACAACAAAAAAAGAUUUGUUUUUUAAUGCUUUUUGCUCAGUGCGGAGCUUUAAGUUUCCCACUUUAAAACAACAGGAAUAUUCCAAAUGUGGUCAGAAAAACAUUUUUGACAGAGGCAAAAGAAAACCCAGAAGGGUGACUCUGAGCAUGCAGCCAGGCACACAGUGGGGUUAUUUUGGAAGCUGGUUGAGUGGUGACUCUUUCUGACCAGAUUGGGCUUUGCUGUGUUUUUCAUUCUGACUUGUGGAAUCAGACUCCACAACCCAAAGCUUGAUUAUGAAGCAGGUAUGUUUUAAUCAGUGCUGCGCAGACACCGGGUGCAAGGGGGAUAUUCCGCCUAUCUUGCCCAACGUAGGCAAAAGCUUGGUUCAGAUAUAGGCUGACCUACAUAAUCAAUGAUUUUCCCAGAAUUCGUAUCCGUAUUCAUUACAUUUCUGAGAGCCCAUCAGCAUAUGGUCCCUCCCUCUUGCACGUGUGCCGUGGGCAGUGGGGUCUCCUUCUGGUGGUCAGGGGAUGAAGGCUCAUUGUCUUCAACAGAACCAAUCCCAUCCUGACCCGUUCCUUGUGUAAUGUUUCUUCAAGUUUACAAUUGAGUUUCGUGAUGUUCUUUUUUUAUCUGGCCUCACAUCCUGCUUACCUGCAUUCCUAUACCAUAGUUAACUCUUGUCCUGUCCUUACUCACAUUCCUAUACAGUAGUUAACUCUUAUCUUGUCCUGUCCUUACUCACAUUCCUGUACAAUGCUUAACCCUUACCUUGUCCUCUCCUUUUUCACAUUCCUAUACAUACAAUGGUUAACCCUCAGUUUGUCCUCUCCUAACUCAAUCCCCCCCUUUUUCUUGAACCUAGCAAUUUCUUUUGCUAGAUUACUCCAUUCAGGAAAAGGGAAGUUUUGAAAUGACUUCCACUUCCUACUUUCUGCCUUAGCUUGUGCUUUUUCCAUUCCUCAUAACUAUCCCCAGAAGUUUUGCAUAUUCAUAGUACACAUCUCAUUGCAGUACACAUUAAAAUGGGCAAGAUGAUUAUAAUAAUAUAAGCCACAGAGAUUUGCUUUAGCCAUUCAAAAUUAGGUAACCCGCUGCUAAGUUUUCCCACAAUUCUGUGAAUCCGAAUGAGGUAUCAUCCAUCGUUACCUGAUGCACUAAUUUAGUGUGUUCCCAUAUUGCCUGUAGAUCAGUCUCUGUCCUUUUGUCUUGUCUAUGUAAGCACAACAGCUCUGAUUAGUUAUCACACAAACCCAUCCCUCUUUGGCUGUUAGGAGAUCCAACGCCAUUCUAUUUUGUAAUACAACCUAACUAAGCAUUGAAAUCUCAACUUGUAAUGCGUUGGUUGCAUCCACGUGAGUGUUCUCUACAUUAUCUCUAGAGUGGCCGAAAUAUGAACGAUCGCUUUCUCCAGCUCACUUGCUCCAAGAGAUGGGAUGAGCCAUCUCACAAAGCUGUGGAAACCGGUAGGUUUUUCCACCAAGGGAUUUAGUACUCUUCUCACCCGUCUCCAGCGGGUUCUCAAGAACUGUGGUAUUUCCUCAUGCACCGUGGUCUGAGGUGCCAUGUAUCCCGCAGUGCAUGUUCCCAUCCAAUUUGCAGGCAGUGCCUUUCGUGCCUGCCCAUCCCCACAUAACCACCAGCAUCCGUAAGGUAAUCUGCAUGGAUUAGACCUACCCUCUUGUUGGGUAGAAGAUGUUCCCAUUCCCACAAUCCCAAGUACAUUCUUAUCUAUAGGCCAUGAUGAAUUUUCACUUGCUCUAGGAUCGCGCCCUAUGCCCUGCUUCCACCUUGUAGUCUUGUUGAGUCCUGAUACUGUCCCUGAAUUCCCAUAAUCCCAACUGCAUCCUAUACCUUAAAUUUCACCACCCAAUUUUCACACUAAUUUCGCUAUCAUUUUCCCUAUCCACAAAGAUAGACUUGGAAGAACUAAUAAUCAACAGAUGGAACCUCGGGCCCUUUCGUAAUUUAUCCUCCAUUCCAUACUUACAUUCCCCAUGUUCCACCCAAUUUGGAAUUGUCCAAUUAAACACUUCUAACCCUUAGACUGGCACCCCCCCCCUGUGGGGAGGACCGUACACAUCCAACAACUUGUUAGGUUAAAAUUUUGGGCUACUGCCCAAGUAACAUUUAGGUAGCUAUUAUCUUCCCAGGCUAAAGCAAAUCUUAUAAGGUUAAUUACAACGCAUAGUUUGUACAUUUUUCUUAAUUGUUAGUGGGAGGGUCCUUUCUCCCUCACAGUCCAUUGCGGUCGGACAGUCUUCUUCAGACAGGUGUAGUGUAUCCAUGGUAUCAAUCCUUCCACCUGGGCUGCCCUGUGUGUGGUUAGGAGUACUUCAUUAGGUCCUUCCCACCUUGGUUCUAGAGGAGAAUCUGAGAGGGAUUGGACACACACAUAACCUCCAGGCAAUACGUUAUGUACCGGACCAUCCAGGCCUCGUGCCCUGCUAUUAAACACCACCUGCUCAAUUAAUUGUUUUCACAACUUAAUUACAUAUCUGCUCAAAAGUUCCUCCCCUGUUUGUGCAGAAGUUCCUUUUUGUACCGGGUGAGGUCUCCCAUAAAGGAUCUCAAAUGGACUUAGUCCUUCCUUGGUUCAGGUUUUGUUUGAAUCCUUAAUAAAGCCAAAGGCAGCGCUUGGGGCCAGGGUGUUCGUGCCUCCUGGCCAAGCUUCACCAUCUGUAAUCUUAACAAAUGAUUCAUUUUCUCUGCUUGUCCACUUGACUGAGGUCGAUAAGGUGUAUAUAAUUGCCAAUCAACCCCCAGUAACGUGCUCACGUGUUGUACUAUUCUGGCCACAAGGUAAGGGCCUUGGUCCAGGAAUUCUGAGGAGGUUUCUUUUGGACCCUGCCUUAUAAGGCAGACCAAUUGGUUGCUUUAGGAAUAGCCCUUUCCAUUCCUUUUACCACCCAUCCUCAGUAGGCUUCUAAAAGAUCUCGUUCUGCUCCUCUACCUGGGUCCCAAUGAAGGUCCUGAAGAUGGAAAUGAUGUUUUAUAUCCGCGUUUCCACCCCGCAAAUUAUCCUCAGCCAGAUUCUGGGCUGUUCUCAAAAUUAGACACUUUUCCAUCUCCGUCAUGGAGUCUGGUAAUAGCUGGAUAUCACUCCAGUUGGGAUUGUGCUGCCUAAUCAAAUACUGGAACUGCCGUGUUACUCCCACCGGGUCACUUGGAAUUCCUUAGCCACCUGUUUCCAGGUUUCCAGAUCAAAAGAAGGGAUGGGACCUUUAUUAAGAUACGUGUCCCAUCCGGUCCCACCGCCUCCCUCAGGGGGCCUAAAAGAACACUUUGUUGCCUCCUAGUUCCAGUGGCUAUAGGGGAGUCCGGGAGGGUUUUGGGGGAAGAGUCUUCCCUUUUGGAGGGCUCCCUUUGUCCAGUGGUGGGACUCCCUGCCCUGGUGCCUGAUAAUGGUCCAGUAAAUGAGCAGAAGUCUUAACUUCAGUUAGUCUAGUACACUGUUGUCCUACACUGCAUGCAGAGCAAUGGCGUUUUAUCCCGCCGCUUCCUGCUGCCCGCUGAUCCUUUUCUAAUGCUAACACUAGAGGAUCUCAUGGUGCCCCCAUCCCACAUUCUCUUUGCCACUCAGGAUGAUUCCUGAGAGUAAAGAACAUACCAGCAUAUGCUGCCUCAUCCCAUUUACCUUAAAAAUAGCAUCAGUUGCAGAAUGGUAUUGUACUUCAAUGUCCCGUUCAGGGGCCACUUUUCCCCAUCAUCCAAUUUAUACAAUAACCACCACUGAAUACAAUAUUUUAUCAGUUUUCUUGCUUAGAGUGCCCCCAGGACCCCCUGCAGUAUUUCACCAGUGUACCAGAGCACAUCUGAGGGAUGUUCUUUUAGGUGUUUCCUUUCCCUGUGAGCCUCCCAUAAUGUUGUCUCACUGGUUCGUAGUUGCCCUAAGGUUUCCACAAGUAACUCUUCAUACUCUAAAAUUUCCCACUCUAGAAUUUCUGGACACAAACAACACCACCAACCCCGAUAUAUUUCUUCACACACUGGACGGCAUAUAACAUAAAUGGGGCAACACUCAUUUUCCAGGUGGAAUGCACACCUUUCCUCAGGCCCCUCUUCCCAAUUAAUAAACCCCCAUCGCUAUCCCGAUCUAUAAGCUUCAUACACACACAAAAACACAUAUGGAUGGACAGAUGACACAAAGAACAACUUGUUGCUGCGUCCAUCCUCGGCCGUUUCCCUGGUGGGAGCAUGGAACCACAGCUCAGGAUUCCUCUUUCACUCCGUGUCUCAGCCAUGUCUCACUCACACCACAUGCACACAAUGCCAGCUGAAUCAAUCCUGCACGUGUGCCGUGGGCAGUGGGGUCUCCUUCUGGUGGUCAGGGGAUGAAGGCUCACUGUCUUCAACAGAACCAAUCCCAUCCUGAACAUUCCUUGUGUAAUGUUUCUUCAAGUUUACAAUUGAGUUUCGUGAUGUUCUUUUCUUAUUUGGCCUCACAUCCUGCUUACCUGCAUUCCUAUACCAUAGUUAACCCUUAUCUUGUCCUGUCCUUACUCACAUUCCUAUACAGUGCUUAACCCUCAGUUUGUCCUCUCCUCACUCAACACAUGCUUCCCUUUUGUCUCUGGGCUUUUAUAGGCACAAAAUUCUUGCAGAAAACACACAAGAAUACAACAAAAAAAGAUUUGUUUUUUAAUGCUCUUUGCUCAGUGCAGAGCUUUAAGUUUCCCACUUUAAAACAACAGGAAUAUUCCAAACGUGGUCAGAAAACACAUUUUUGACAGAGGCAAAAGAGAACCCAGUGGGGUGACUCUGAGCAUGCAGCCAGGCACACAGUGGGGUUAUUUUGGAAGCUGGUUGAGUGGCAACUCUUUCUGGCCAGGUUGGGCUUUGCUGUGUUUUUCAUUCCUUGUCUUUGCGUUUUGCCUGAAGAUCUGUAGGAUGUUGAGGCAGUUCUGCCUGCUGGGCAGAAUAAAAGUCUCUCUGAGUUCUCUCUAACACUUGUGCAUCAUUUUAGGGAAUAUUUUUAGAGCUGAAUAUUUGGAAAUACACAUCUGAAAGCAAAUAGCUGUGCCGUGAUACUGCUUACAGCAAGCAUGGCAUGUGCCAGGCGUUGAGUUCCAGCAGUACAAGCGUGCUGCCUGAAAUGGAGCAAAGGAGGCAGGGCUGAAAUCAGGAUGUCACGGAGGAUGCUGGGAUGCUGAGAUCCUGCCUCCCAUCGUCUCCAGUUGCAGACUUCCACGUAUGGAUUGGACCGUUCCCUGUUUGGCCACUUGUAAAUGGCUUCUUGUGUGCUCCAACAAAACAUGUUCCACAACUCCACAGCCCCCACACACAGAAGCAUCUUCCUUCCUUUGGGUGAAAUGCUCUCCUGGCCAUGGCUGCUGCUUGAUAGCAGAGAAUCAAAAGAUUCCCAGUGAAAUUUCCUGUUGGACCAACCUGACCUAAUGUUGGGGGCUUCUGCAAAGCCCUCACAAGUACUGUUUCUCCCCAGAGGUGCCUGUCAGCAAGACACGAGGGGUAAAUCCACCCCACAUGGUGCACUCCUUCCCUCCUUCUCACAUGCUGUCACCCAGGCUGCAGGGAGGGGAACUCCACACCACUGCUGCUGCCGUGGCAGCUCAGACCCUCUGCAUUUUGCAGGAUGUGAGCUGUGUGUCUGUUGGCAGCGUAUUCUUAUGAAAGAGAAGCACUCUGUCUGGUGGUAUUCUCUCUUUGCAGAGGGAUCCAUCACCCAUUUGUGGGCACGGUGUGUGUGUGCAGGGGAUGGGUCUGUACAUAGAAGUUACUUUUCACUUGUAUGGCCCAGUGGUAGGUAUGUUGUUCACACUGUGAUAUUUUAACCUGGCCACAGUGUAACAGCAGUUCAGCCCUCCAAGAAGCCUCCAAUCUUACCCAAUUUCAGACUUUAUCUGCUAGCAGUGUUGUUGAAAUGAGAGGAGGCUGAAUGCCCGGGCUGCCACAUCUGCACAUUUGGCAGAAGCUGAAGAGGACUCGCUUUGGGCACCAUUUCCUCCCCACCCCUGACCAGCAGCACACCUCGGUCACCCUCUGUCCCCAUGUCCCCCCAGUCGGCUCCUGGCCCCAUGUGCACCGUGGGUACGCUGCUCCUGUAUUGAUACCAUUUUGUGUUCUC